AUGGCUCCCCCACAGUUAGGCGCGACCUUCGUACCCGGUGGUUUCGAUGACUAUUAUAUGCCAGAAGUCGUUGCUCCCUCCCCUCAAAGGGUAACCCCUCAGGUCCCUCAAAAUAUGCAAGAGGACCUUCAGCGCAUGGAGCUCGAAGCUACUUCUGUUGAACCUCGAUCCCAAACCGGUCCUCGUCACUCUCGUGAACCAUCGCUGUCGACUUACACCAAUCUUCGGGGAACCGACCCGUCUCGGCCCCAGACUGCAACACAGGUCUCAAACGACGACAUUCGCGCAUACCAGUCCACCGAUAAGAUCACCGAGAGCCUCAACACUAUGAGCUUCGACGCCCCCUCAUUUUCACCUUUCCCCAAGGUCAAGGGCGAUAACAUCCCCCCGACCGAUGAGGAAAAGGAAGAGAUUCUUUGGAACGCGCGCAAGCAUGUUCUUCACUCACAAAAUGUUUCCAUGCAAAUUACAUGGGCGCGCGACGUCCUCACUUGGGCCGAUAUUUCCUCAGAGUCUAUGAUCCGGGAAUAUGGCGAGAAGGCCCGUCCCGCCACACCCCGAAUAGAACAUGAGCUUCGAGUCGACGCUAUCAAUAUUAUCACCUAUCUGUCGCAACAAGAGCACCCCGAAGCCUUAUACAUGCGCUCAAAAUGGCUCGAGUUUGGCAAAUUUGGCAACCGUGUCGACAAGCGUGAGGCUUAUAUCGGCUACAAGCGUGCUGCAGAGCUCGGCCACGGACGAUCCGAGUAUCGCAUGGGCAUGUUGUACGAACAGUCUAAUGACAUGUCUAAGGCGAAGGAACAUUACUACCGCGGCCUUUCUCUCAAGGACUCAGCUUCCUUGUACCGAAUGGGCAUGAUGAGUCUUUUAGGCCAACACGGCGAGACCAAGGAUUACCAGACUGGUCUGGAGCGGAUACAAGCUGCGGCUGAUAGCUCGGACGAAGAUGCUCCCCAGGGCGCGUAUGUUUACGGUAUGCUCAUAGGACGCGACCUGCCGGACAUCACCAUCCCUGAGGGUUUGCUGCCUAACACCCCCGUAACAACGAAGAUGUACAUUGAAAAGUCCGCUUAUCUAGGCUUCGCCAAGGCCCAACUCAAGAUGGGUCAAGCAUAUGAACUCUGCCAGUUCAGUUGCGAAUUCAACCCAUCCUUCUCCCUCCAUUAUUAUGGACUCGCAGCCAAGCAAGGCCUUCCUGAGGCAGCCCUCGGCGUGAGUCGAUGGUUCCUCUUUGGUUAUGAGGGUGUUUUCAAGAAGAAUGAGUCUUUGGCAUACAAAUAUGCCCAAGAAGCUGCAGCUGCCAAGCUACCUACGGGAGAAUUUGCCUUGGGCUACUACAACGAAAUAGGAAUUCAUGUUGAAAAGAGCUUGGCAGAGGCCCGAAAGUGGUACCAGCUUGCUGCUGAUCACGGUAACCAGGACGCUCUUGGUCGACUUGAGUCCCUCGACGAUAACAACACUCUAUCCAAAUCUGACCAUGAGACUACCACACUAACCCGCAUCAAAUCGCAACAUGGAUCUCAACGAGGCAAGCGCCCUGAUCGGUUCAAACAAACAUCACAACAGAUGCCCACACUCAGUGAGGGAAGCGCCCCUGCCUCGCCUGGGCUAGAUGGGCCAGCCAACUCUUCCGUGGGUAUGCGGCCUACCAUUGUCUCGGAGCACGUCAACUUCCCUGAUCCUUCACGAGCUUCUUUUGUACUGCCAGCCUCGAACGAUAGACCUCCUGCCUUCAAUGUGCGACUGGACUCCAACCAACAGCCAGCCCGGCCACAGUCGGCAGCUCCCUACCCUGAAGACGACCGUCCGCCACCUCUGACUGUCCGUUCUAAGUCAACGGCGCCAUACCCGGAGGACGAUACUCAGACUUCUCCUCGAUUCAAUCAAGGGGGACCCCACGCAGAUCAACCCUCGAGCGCUUUUGGUAUCAAUCCUCAGAUGGGUGCCGGUCGAGGUAUGCCCCAGUCCCAAUCUAUGGGUAACCUUCAUCCUGGCGGUCCUGGAGGACCAGGCCGGCCCGAUCCUCGCAACAGAGCUGCAUCUGCAGGGUGGGAAGGCCAACAAGGUCCCGGAGGACGUCCUUCUCCGUAUCCUGAAGACAACGGGGCACAGUACCCUGGUGGUCUGCAGAAGGCCCCAACUGGAGGGCAAUACUCACCAGGUUUGCAAAACCCACAAUCUCAAAAUUAUGAACGCUUCUCUCGUGUACCCGGGGCGAGCGGUCGCCCUGAGCGUGGAAGCUCCUUGCCCCAGAAUCAGCAGCAGCAACAGCCCCCGCCAAAUGCACGUCCUCCACGCACUUCAAGUGCGCAGCCGCCUAUGGGUGGACCCGGCGGUAGACCAUCCCCAGGGCCUUUUGGUGGACCCCAGGGAGGACCUCAAGGGGGUCCUUCUGGCCCCCCAAGGACUGGCAGUGCUCCUCCUUCACAGUUCCAGAGACCUGAUAACAAACCGAGCCCGGCGCCCAGCGCUCAGACUAUGCCCCCGAAGCCUGCCAAGCAGGGAGCACCGGGCAAGCAAGGACCAGCGACGUUUGAAGAUAUGGGUAUCCCACAAGGAAAGCAGGACAACGACUGUGUUGUCAUGUAG